CUAAUAUAGUGUCUAAAAUAUUAACUUCAAUAAUACUUGAACGUCUAACCUGAGGAAAGCGGGCUGGUUUCGGACCCAGACGUUGUAUAGACCAACUAUUCACCCUUCGGCAGAUUAUGGGACGUAGACAAUUUUCGACUUCUAUCUCUGGAUGUGUUCCCUGACCUUAAGGUGGCGCUCAACUGCGCUGAUCAUGAGAUUCGGUGGCAGUGUCUGUUAUUAAAAGACGUACCGAAGGAGUACAUUAACCUUGUACAGACUCCCUAUUUGAACACUACUGGUCGAGUCGGAUCUUCUGAGUAACAUUCGUCGGAAUUGGUUACUGUAAAUAGUGUUCAUCAGAGUUGUCCACUUCUAUUCUUAUUUAAAGUUGUCAUCUACAUGAUUUUAGAGAUAACCCUUUUUUCCGUUAACCUUUUAGGACUUGUCCUUUUCUACAAGAUUCACCUAUUGAUUUAGAAUAUGUGGAACACAUAGUUCUGUUUAAUGAAGACUGACAAAAUAAAGUCUUUUGACCAUCUUAAGAAACAAUGAAAAUAUGUUUGGGAUGCAAUUGUCUUUUUCGAAAUGCAAAAUGAUGCUUUAAGACUAGAUCACGUCGGCGUCUGAAUGGAUGAUAGGGAGUGGAUUAGUUAGACGCAUCGACUGCUUCACUUAUCUCAACGGUCUCAUCAGUCCUGAUAGUCUAGUGUUUGACAAAAUCUGGACACAUAUUCACAAUUCUUGAGUUAGCAGUAGAGUACUAGGCUUCUUCUCGAAUGAGUUCUGUGAAUAAUAUUAUUCUCGUGGCGACUGAUAUUUAAAAUUAUGGAUGGAAACCCUAGUACUCUUUCCAUUCUAUCAGAUAAGUAUGUUUUCUUAAAUCCAAAUGAAGAUCAAUUUGUACGUAUAAAAAAUUAUUUGGAUAUAGAAUUAGAUAAUGGACAGGGUGAAUGCUUUUUAGAAUUAGGUAUUGGAGACGGACAAUGCCCUGGACUUACUCCACAAGAAAUGAAUCAGUCUGUAUGUACAGCUGAACGUCUCGCUGAUUCCUUAUCAUCACAUCUAAUUUAUUUGAGAGAUCGUUGGAUAACAGCUGGAUCACAAUCUUCAGCAACGACGACAACACAAUCAGGGUCAGGUGUGGACACAACAACAAGACCAUCCAGUGUUGACAAUGGUCACAGUAGUCCACAUCGGCAUACUUUAACUAGUUCAUCUGGAGAAGGCAAAACAAAAGAAAGUUCAGUGAACGUAGAUGAUGGGAUUCAACCAAAACAAAACAGUAAUUUGACUGAUAAAAAUAAGGAACUAUCUAGUCAAGAUAUAUCAGAAACAAAUGCGACUGAUACUACUAGUACUAUUAGUAGUAGUAGUAGCAAUAGUAGUUCAGCGACAACGGGUUGUCUAGUCAAAGAAUAUCUUCUUCGACGGAAAACUGCUUCAGAUGAUUUUGUAGAUGUUCGAGUGGCAGUUGUGGGAAAUGUGGAUGCAGGCAAAUCUACUUUACUUGGUGUACUAACUCAUGGUGAAUUGGACAAUGGUCGUGGUUUAGCUCGUUUACGUUUAUUACGUCAUAAACAUGAAGCAGAAUCUGGACGUACUAGUUCAGUGGCACAUGAUAUACUGGGUUUUAAUUCAAUUGGUCAAGUAGUCAAUAAACCGAUACAUGGUCAUUUGAAUUGGUCUGAGAUUUGUGAAGCUUCAGCUAAAGUUAUCACAUUCAUUGAUUUAGCUGGUCAUGAACGUUAUUUAAAAACAACUAUAUUUGGUAUGACUGGUCAUGCACCAGAUUAUGUUAUGUUUAUGGUUGGUGCUAAUGCUGGUGUUAUCGGUAUGGCUAAAGAACAUUUAGGCUUGGCGUUAGCUUUAUGUGUGCCAGUAUUUGUUGUAGUUACAAAAAUUGAUAUGUGCCCACCGAAUGUAUUACAUGAAACAAUGAAUUUGUUAUUUCGUAUAUUAAAAUCACCUGGUUGUCGAAAAAUUCCAGCAUUGAUAUCAUCAACAGAUGAUGUUAUUUGUUGUGCAACUAAUUUUACAUCAGAACGUAUGUGUCCAAUAUUUUCUGUAUCCAAUGUAAAUGGUACUAAUUUAGAUUUAUUAAAAUUAUUUCUUAAUUUAUUACCAUCACGUUCGGAGCCAAGAUUAAAUGAAUUAGCUCAUUUUCAAAUUGAUGAAAUAUUUUCUGUACAAGGUGUUGGUACAGUUAUCUCUGGUACAUGUUUAUCUGGUAUAAUUAAAUUAAAUGAUAUAUUAUUACUUGGUCCUGAUUUAUCUGGACAAUUUAAUCCGAUAUCAAUUAAAAGUAUACAACGUAAACGUUUAUCAGUGAAUUAUGUACGUGGUGGACAAACUGCAUCAUUUGCAUUGAAAAAACUUCGACGUAAUCAAGUUCGUAAAGGUAUGGUAUUGUUAGCACCAGAAUCUAAACCAAAAGCAUGUAUUGAAUUUAUUGCUGAAGUAUUAAUUUUACAUCAUCCUACAACUAUAUCAGUUGGUUAUCAAGCUAUGGUUCAUGCUGGUCCUGUACGUCAAACUGCAACAAUAUUAAAAUUAAAUUCACAUGAACGUUUACGAACUGGUGAUAAAGAUAUGGUUGUAUUUCGUUUUAUUAAAUCUCCUGAAUAUUUAUACACUGGUCUACGUUUAAUAUUUCGUGAAGGUAAAACAAAAGCUGUUGGUACUGUUAAGGAACUAGUUCCGUAUUCUGCAUCAAUUCAACAAAAUCCACGUGCUAAACUAUAUAAAAGAUAUGCUACUAGUAAGACAAACCAACCGAUGAAUAAUACUGUAACGGACGAGAUAAAGACGUCGAAUUUAAGUAAUACAUCAUCAAUCCCUAAAUCAGCCGAGCAUAUCAGUACUACUACCACUAAUAAUAAUAAUACUACUAGUCAACCAGAUACUACUGAAUUGUCUAAUAUUCCUGUUUCUGAUUUAUUAACUAGUAAUAAUAUUAAUGCCCCAGCUAAUUCACGACAACGGAAACAUCAUUAUCAUCGUACACGUAAAGAUAUUACUGAAUAGAUGCGACAAAAAUUUAACUCUCAGUGCGCUGCCACUGUGUCCAACAACAGAUCAGCCAAAUUGUAACGAAUAUUAUCAUCGACAAGUUCAUUAUUCAUUUCUCAAGUCACAAUACAUUUCGUUUUUUUUCUUCUGUGUGCUUUAAAACAAUCAUUUUCACUUUUUCUAAUGUUUUCAUUGUUAAGUAAUCUAUACAUAAAAAGUAUCUUAUUGUUCUUCCCUAACAAUUAUUAUCCCUACCAUAUCCCACUCUUAUUUCUUUAUUUUUUUAAAAUUAACUACUUAUAUAUGAAAAGAGUAGUUAGUUUAUUUAUGCCCAUUUUUGGAGAAAUACAUCGCACUAAUGUCGAAUCUUUGUUGCAUUGAUCAAAUAUUUCGGUCAGGUUGGUUACUAUUCACUACCUACUUUUUCUAUUCAGUACUUUGUAGGUUUUUACUUCUCUUUGUCGGGUUUUCUUCUAAGUCCCAUUACGAAACACAUUUUUUUUGACACGUGAUAAGUAUUAUUAUUUUUAUACCGCAUUGUCUUUGUAGAGAAAAUUACUAUUCGUUAUUCCUAUGGAUCCAACGUGGUCACCAAUCACUGUGUUUAUUUUCAUGACUUUUUACUCCCCCCAUUUCACUGUUAAGCUCUGUUUUUUUUCUUGAAAAGAAAUAAGGGAUUAUAUUGUUAUAUUCCCACCUUUUACUGUUUAUGUGUACAUAUGUAAAGAAUUGAAAAGUUCUUGCAUAAAUACAUUUCAUGCAAUUCAUUAAUGAUUUCCUCUCAAAUUUAACCUUGUUCAUAGUCUGAUAGAAGGCACUUGACAAUAUUUCCAUACCAUAUUUGUGACUUAUCAGUAGUGCGUACUCGUUAUCUUAUAUGAGACUAAAUACAGUAUCUUUAGGUCUGGUGAUAACCAUUUUACUAUACCAUUAAGUCACUGACUCGAUAUCUAGUCGUUUAGAAUAUCAGUUUGUAAU